AUGAGCUUCUCUUAUCUUCCUCACCAUAAAACCAACCUUCUCACCGUAUCUACCCUGCGUAUCAUUGCAAUACUUGCCUUGUUCUGCAUCCGGCGAAGCCAUCCUCUCAAACCGCUUACAACCAAUCCCUGCAUCGAUCGGUCCGGUCGAAGCGGUCUCAGCGCUCUCGAUUUGUACCGUCUGUACCUUUUCCUCGUGUCGCUGGUACUCCCCCGUAGCCGCCAACAAUCUUUAAUUUCGCUCCAGUCCCCCCCAGCCUCGACCAACGCCAAACCGGACUUGUCCUGGUCUCUGCCCGUCCCAUCAACGACUUGGACCUGGCUCUUUUCCCAACCCAACAUCUCUCCCACAAACAAAACAAAAUCUCACUUUACUUCUAUACGCAUUAAAGUUAUCAACUCCCUGCUGCAUUCUCUCGAUCCCCUCGCGCAGAUUCCACCACCGAUUGCAACACAGAUUCCAGUAAUGGGCAGCUUCACUUUCAAGUGGGAGCAUCCCGCCGACGAGGUCUACGUGACAGGCACAUUCGACAACUGGACCAAGAGCGUUCAGCUCGAGAAGGAGGGCAAUGUGUUCUCCAAGACAGUCGACCUGAAGGAGCCCGAGGGCAAGAUUUACUACAAGUUCAUUGUUGACGGUAAUUGGAUCAUCAAUCAAUCAGCUCCCAACGAACCUGAUCUCGAGGGUAACGUCAACAACUUCAUCACUCCCGAUCAACUCAACGCCGAAACUCCCGGCGCCGCUAUACUUAACACUGUGACUCCUUCGUCUACAACCGCUGCGAUGGCUGCCGAACAACCUAUCGAGAACAAACCCACAGAGCAGAAGCCUCUGGGUGAUGAGCCUGCUCAAGACGAGAAAUUGCCCCUCGAGACCCCUUCUGACAUUCCUGGUGGCUUCCCCGCUACACCUGCCAACGAGCUCGACAAGGCCAUUGGCAUCAACCCUCUGCCCGCUUCUGAGGGCCCCGGAAACCCUAUCAAGCUAGAGCCUGGCGAGAAGAUCCCCGACUCCAUCACCGCUCAAAGCACCGACAAAUACGUCAAGCUCGAUAAGGAAUCGUACGAGAAGAGCGACGCUCUCCCUGGCAUUGAGACCGAGCUCCCCCCCGUAUCUUCCAACACUAUUCCCGAAUCCAGUCUGCCCAUUAUCGGCGCACAGGAUGUUCUCAUUAACUCCGCUGCUCCCACAGCUACUACUGCCGGCCUUGCUGCCGAGGUUCCGCUCGAAUCCAACGGUGCCUUCGUCCCCGAGGUUGUAAGAGAGAGCCAGGAGAGGGCUGGCGCUGUUACUGAGGCCAGCACUGACCCUGCGGAGGUCAAGGAAAAGACCAUGGUUGAGGAAGAGCUCAAGGGAACUGUGCCCGAGGCACCUGCUACCUCGGUAGGAACCGCUGGUGUUGGUACCGAGAAGUCUGAGAAUACGCCAGACACUAGCCUCGCCGCCCUGGCCGCUACUGCGGGUGGUGCUGUGAUUGCUGCUGGUCUUGCUGCCAAGGAGACAGUGGAGGAGAAGGCUGGCCCUGCGCUGAACAGCGCUGCUGACGCUAUUACUGAUACCGCCAACAAAAACUUACCCGAUUCCGUCAAAGAGCAGCUUCCUGUUGCAGCCCAAGAGACCCUAGCCGCAAAGAACGAGGAGCAGAUUCGACAGGAAGUGUCCCCUGAGGUCCCCGCCGAGGUUAAGGAAUCUCUUGUCGAGGCCGGCAAGUCACCCGAAGCAGCUGCUAAUACUGCCGCUGUUGAGGAUAAGAAGGAGGUAGAGAAUGAGCUUCUAAAGGAGGUCAAGCCUGUCACUGGCAUUUAUGACUCUGUUGUUGAACAACCUAAAGAGGAACCAAAGCAGGUAUCUCCUGAGGUUCCUGUCGAGGUGAAGGACUCCAUUGCGGAGGCUGGCAAGAGUCCCGAAGCUGCUGCCAACACUGAGGCCGUUGAGGAAAAGAGGCUUGUCGAAGCUGAGCUUCUCAGGGAAGUUAAGCCUGCUGCAACCAUCGAUGAAACCCCCAAGGUUGCUCCUGAAGUCCCCACCGAAGUCAAGGAGUCCAUCGUGGAGUCCGGCGAGCGCCCCGAGGCUGCUGCUAGCACAGAAGCUGUCGAGAACAAAAAGGAGGUUGAAGCUCAGCUUCUCAAAGAGGCCGAGCCUGUUCCUGCUGUUGACGAGGCCAAGCCUCAGGAGACUGAGUCUGCUGUUCCCAUUAUUGCUGCCCCUGCUGCUGCUCCUCUUGAGACACAGGCUGUAGAAGCCAAGCGUGAUGCUGAGCCUGUGACUAAGCCCGAGGAGCCAAAGACCGAGGCUAAGACAGAAACCCCGGCCGUUGGUAACGGCAGCUCAGCAACCGGCAAUGGCACUACAGCAACAGGAAAUGGCGCCAAGGCUACAGAGACCAAGGCCGACACGCCAGCCAACGGCAGCAGCUCGACGGCCAGCGGUGAAAAGAAGAAGAAGCACAACCGACUCAGCUCAAUCUUCAGCAAGAUCAAGCACAAGCUUUCCGACAAAUAG